UAAAGUAGGAGGUGGCCGAGGUAAGAGAUUCAACAUGGCGAAGCAUCACCCUGAUCUCAUUAUGUGUAGGAAACAGCCAGGAGUAGCUAUUGGCAGGCUCUGUGAAAAAUGUGAUGGGAAGUGUGUCAUAUGCGAUUCUUAUGUACGCCCAUGUACACUAGUUCGUAUUUGUGAUGAAUGUAAUUAUGGCUCUUAUCAAGGACGGUGUACCAUAUGUGGAGGCCCAGGGGUGUCUGAUGCAUACUAUUGUAAGGAAUGUACAAUACAGGAGAAAGAUCGGGAUGGAUGUCCAAAGAUUGUAAACUUGGGAAGUUCAAAGACUGAUCUGUUCUAUGAAAGAAAGAAAUAUGGAUUUAAGAAGAGAUAAGAACAGUUGUAAUGUUAAUUUUAAAAUUUAAAAAAAGAUUAUUAUUAUUGGUUUGGGAAGUGGAGGAUAGAGAUAGCUGAUAACUUGUAGUGUAAAAAAAAACUACAAAAGACCAUUAUUUUAGUGUUGUGUGUGGCUCUUCUUAGUGUUCAAUCUUACCCAUUGAAUAAUCUAAUGAAAUGAGA